AUGGUGACGACGCGCUUGGGAAGUCGGAUAGGCGCUUCCUCGCCCGAGGCAGACAACAAACGCAAGCGCUUCAGGAGCGUAGACGCUGAUGAUCCCAUUGUGGUUGAAGUGCCCCUUCGGGAGUCUAAAGCUGACAACGAACGAGAAAUAUCAGGUGGAGUCGUCCCUAACCAUGAUUCGGACGAGGAUGCAGCGCCUGAAGUCGUUAGCAGCAAAGCUGCUGCUCGACAAGCUCGAGAGCUGCCCAAUCGCUCUCUCCAGGGCACAGGCAAUAAGCGACGGAAGACUGCAGAGCGGCACCUGCUCGUUGAGAAGCCAGACUUGACGCCUUCCGUUCUUGGAGAGUCGAAGUCCGAAGAUGCUACUAUUUCAGACGCAGCGUCUUUGCAACUCGAUGAUAUGCCGCCACAAAACGAGGCGUCGAUGACCGGGAUUCUGCAGCCUCUAAACGAAGAAAUUGGGCCUUCGAAGUCGAUAAUUCUGGAGACCGAGAUAUCAGACAUCGACGUCCCGCAAAUUCCAGGCGAAGGAACGGGAGACCUUGCGGCCCUGGAUGCUCAGAAGCCUGCGACUGCCCAAUCUUUGCCCAACAUAGCAAAGAACGCCGUUGGCGACGAAGCUCCCAUCCCUGCACCUGAACCAGCUGCGGAAGUCAUAAUGGCCCAUGUUACCAAUGAACCUGAGGACCCUGUGGAUGUUGUCCCUCAGAUGCGGUCCCUUGAAGAAGCAGCUAGCAGGCCCGGGGACGAGGGACUGGCAGACACACAAAUGAAAGAACCCCACUGGGCUGUUGAGGCCGAUCGUUCUUCACCUGGCGAUUCAACGACCCAGCUGAAUGUCGAGGCACAGCAGCAAAGCUCAGAGGACAAUGCAUUGCCUCAAUCUGCUGAGCCAAACUCGACACUGUCUAUGCCAGAAGCAGAUAUGCAAGCCACAAGGACGACAUUGACGCUAGAAGAGCAAAUCUCUGGAACCCCCCGAAGCAACACCAGCAGUGUGAUCACCCCCGUGUGGCGGACGCGGGCCUAUGACGAGACAUCACUAACAGCAGUCCAGUCUCCGUCCCUCGCCCCGGCGGUCAAGGCUACCCGUGCCCAUUCGAACAUCCUUUCUCGCCAUCAACAUCUCAUCUCUAAGAAAUCAAAAUUGACUUCCUUGCAACAAUACCGAGAUCAAUUGCUGAACCGGCAUUCACGCACGACGAACUGGGGCCCACCUGGCUUUCGCAAGACCAAGUUUGUCGGCACCUAA